AUGGACCCCACUGUCCUGUUAAUAAGACUGGACCCCAGAUCCACUGGUGAGGAGAUCCCCGGUCUGUGUGCGGAGGAGGCCGUGGCUCCAGGGCAGACAGGUCAGGUGGAGGAGUGUCUGAAGGCCAACCUGUUGAAGAUCAAGCAUGACUUGUGUAAGAAGGAGGUGCUGAACAUGUUGAAGGAGAGCAAGGCAGACGUCUUCGUUGAUCCCGUCCUCCACACGGCCUGUGCCCUUGACCUCAAACACCAGUGUGCUGCUGUCACGCCGGGCAGAGGACGACAGAUGUCAUGUCUACUGGAGUCGUUGCAGGAUAAGAAAGUCCGUCUGCAGCCAGAGUGUAAGAAGAGACUCCAGGACCGCAUGGACAUGUGGAGCUACGCUGCCAAGGUCGCUCCAGCAGAGGGUUUUUCAGACCUUGCCAUGCAGGUGAUGAUCUCCCCCUCUAAGAACUACAUCCUGUUUAUAAUCUCCCUGGGGGUGAUUGUCCUCUUCCUGGUCGGCCUGCUGUGUGGACGCAUCACCAAGAGAGUCACCAGGGAACUGAAGGACAGGUAGAGAGGGGGGGAUGAACGGACCUCCCUGGGACAGACGGACCUCCCUGGGACAGACGGACCUCCCUGGGACAGACGGACCUCCCUGGGACAGACGGACAGACGGACCUCCCUGGGACAGACGGACCUCCCUGGGACAGACGGACCUCCCUGGGACAGACGGACCUCCCUGGGACAGACGGACCUCCCUGGGACAGACGGACUCCCAAAUGGUACUAUUGCCGAUAUAGUGCACUACUUGUGACCAGAGCCCUGUGGGGGUCCUUCACACCUGGACCUGACAUCACAGAACAAUGUCAAUGUUGUCAUCUCCUUGGUUCACUUCAUCAACUGGCUUUGUGUGAGAACUAACUCUAUGGGUCUCUGGUCAGAAGUACUGCACUAUGUAGGGAACUGGGUUCCACCUGGUAGGCAGAAACAGACUGUCUCUUCCAAAGGCCCAACUAAAAAAAACAGCCCGGGCUUGACCCAGCCACCUCCGCCCCUCUCCAGCCCCCCUAUCACCACCCAGAGCCCCAGUCUGGGGGUCCACCCGUAACCAGCCAAGCUCCACAGAGCCAGAGGAGCCAUGUUAAGACACCCCCCCCCCACCCCCCCACCAGAACCUGAUCCACUCCACUACUACUGAGAAGGUGCCCUGAACCACCUCCUGAAACAGGAUACUGUUGGUCCUACUGGUCCUAAAACUGACCCUGAACCUCCUCCUGAAGCAGGAUACUGUUGGCCCUACUGGUCCUAAAACUGACCCUGAACCUCCUCCUGAAGCAGGAUACUGUUGGCCCUACUGGUCCUAAA